UUUUACAUUACCGCGCACACAUACAUGCACACGCGACCAUAGUCGUUAGCCUCGCGUAUUAGUAUCAGGUAGACUAUUUCUCCGUGUAGCUUAUUCUCUAGCACUAAAAAUGAGCGACAAUGAUAAAGGCCGGGUUAAGAUUCGACGAAGAAAAUGCAGAAGAAGUCUCAUGUCCACUUUAUUUUCAGUAAUAUGAAGCUCAGAUGUGUGAAGCUGAAUUGUUGAAUGCAUGCUAAACAUGAGGAGGGAAGAACUUUGAGCAGUGUGUGAGAAGGGGAAGUCAGAAGAUGUAAGAAAAUUGAAGAAAGAAGAAUAAUGUGAAGUAAUGAAGUUACAGAAAUGAAGUUAAGGAAGUAAUCUGGAUAAGGUCGCUGCGCUAAGUAAUUUUCUGGUCUAUUUAUCCAAUGCGUGCAUGUCAUUGUUAUUGAAUACAUCACACUUUAAUUUAUAUUAUUGCUAUUUUAUUUUGUCUUUUGUUUUUGUAAUCUUAAUUACUUAAUUAUACUUGCUGAUGUAAUCUUAGUGAUACCAUCCUGCCACUGGUUACAUAAAAUAGAUUUAACCUGCAUUCAUAAUUGCCAAUUUCUACAUCUUGUGUAUUUUUUUUUUUCCUUCAAAUUUUCCAGGAUAGUUUUAAAUCUCAACUACAGAGUUGUAGCACAUUUAUUCAAAUGUAUCACUUCUUCUGUGAUGACAACGUGCUGGUGUGUGUGUAUGUGUGUGGUUCGUUCAGGAGUCUCGCUCCGCUUCCAGGAGCGUGAGCCCCCGUGCCCCUGGGAAGUCGGCGAGCCGUUCUCCAGCUCGUUCAAAAGAUGGAUCCCACCAUUCCCGUUCUAAGUCCUGGUCCCGCUCCAAGUCCAGAUCAGGCUCCCAUUCUAACCACGGCUCUCAUAAGCACUACAGCCAUUCCCGGUCGCGCUCCAGGUCUGGCCGGCGCCGGUCCCGCAGCCGCUCCUACAGCGGAGAGCGCCGGCACAGGAGCCUCAGUCAUUCCCCCAUGUCUAAUCGCCGCAGGCACAUCGGCAAUCGGGCUAAUCCAGAUCCAAAUGCUUGCCUGGGAGUGUUUGGCCUGAGCCUGUACACCACAGAGAGGGAUCUGAGGGACGUCUUCUCUAAAUACGGGCCCCUGGCGGAUGUUUGCAUUGUGUACGACCAGCAGUCCAGGCGUUCUAGGGGCUUUGCUUUUGUUUACUUUGAGAACACAGCUGAUGCUAAAGAGGCAAAGGACCGAGCGAAUGGCAUGGAGCUGGACGGUCGUAGAAUCCGGGUGGAUUUCUCAAUCACAAAAAGACCUCACACCCCGACCCCGGGAAUCUACAUGGGACGUCCCACAUAUGGCGGUGGUGGUGGCGGCGGUCCUGGUGGUCCCCGGCGCUAUUCACGCGACUACGACCGCGGAUAUGACCGUGGAUAUGAUAGAGGCGGCUAUGAUCGCUAUGACGACAGGGACUACUACAGAUCAUACAGGCGAAGAUCUCCAUCACCAUACUACAGAGGCGCAUACAGAUCUCGGUCAAGAUCCCGGUCUUAUUCUCCUCGUCGAUAUUGAGCAGUUCAGGCAGACAAAAAUCCCUUAUUUCCAUGGACAGACGAGGAGUUUCUCCUAAAGAUUUGUUUGACUUUCUUGUAGAUAUCAUAUUCUGAAGGUGAUAUAUGGCUUUCUUUAAUGUGGAGUUUCAUGGGAAAAUGUUGUACAAAGUCCUGAGAGAGCAGAACACCAGCACUGUAAGCUUAGCAAUGUACUGAUGUGAAAAGGGUUGUUAAAAAACCUUUUCACCUGUUUCUGCCCCUGUGGUAGUUAUCCCUCUGCACAAUGUGAAACUUGGAAGAUGCCUGUCUGCUUAUUUCUCAGCUGGUUAGUUUAUUUUGUAAUUUGGAGCUUAACAAUGCCAAACUUAUAUAAAUAUUUACAAUUCAUUAGGCACUGUUGUUCUCCAGCACCACUGAUUCUGUCAGGAGAUACUUUUUUUUUUUUAACUUCACAGAACAUUCAGUGUAUUUAGUGUCUGGUCAUGACAACAUGCUCCUAUUUAACAGACAAAGUUCUCAUUCAACUCCACACUAAAAAAACCAAACAGAUGACGAGGAUGAUCACCACUCUUCCUCUUGCUUAUCAAUAAUCAAUGAAAAUGAAAAAACACAUUUGAAGCCGUGCGUCCUUGUUUUAAAUUUUACAUGUACAGGCCACUGUUGUUCUAACUGGCAUGUUAAUUUAUGGGGUUUUGUUGUGUACAAACUGAGUGAGAAUUCAGCAAAAUUUAAACAAAUUAAAAGGGAAUAGUUUUCUUUUCCACCAA